GUGGGGAAGAAAUUGUGAGCUGGAGGUUGUAAACAGCUGAAUUUAAUGUCAGAACUUAUGUUUUCAUGAAGUGGUGGGGUGCAUGAAAAUGAUUUGGAUUUAUAUGUUACAAACAAUGCAGAUCAUUUGAAAUGCAAAAAGUGUUUUCAAUGCAUCAUAAAAGUGCUAGAAAUGGAUGGUGGACCUUCUUACUUCUGUUAUUUGCUCUGCAGCUCAGGCUGGAAUUGGCAGUUGCUGAGUGGGACAUUAAGCUAGAAUCAUCAGACGGAAUUCCAGAGUCAGCUCUCUUAAUAUUUGCAUCAAAUACAUGGGGAUACAUCUGUGGCCAAAACUGGACUGACCAAUCAGCAGGCGUCGCUUGCAGACAGCUGGGUUACCUUGGAGGUGUGGCUACAUUUCCAAAGACAAUGACUGACAGGCCGGUAUUGCUGAUGGGCGUAGCUUGUAAUGGUAGUGAGGCGGAGCUCAGAGACUGUGCAACAAAUAAUGGUUCCUGCAAUAGCAGCCGAGUGGCUGGUGUUGUCUGCUAUCAAACACAAGGUCCCUCUGUGCAGCUGGUGGGAGGUAAGAGUCAUUAUGGGAAGGCAGUGUUCAGCAUGGACCAUCAACAGGGUCUCAUCUGCUCCCAGGGCUGGUCUUGGGUUGAAGCCAGUGUCCUCUGUCGUCAGAUGGGCUUCACACAGGGAUAUAUCGUGAGUGAUACCUAUGACAGCAUGGGUGUGACAAGUGUAGUCCUGUCUGAUGUGAAGUGUGACAGCUGGCAGUUGACUUCGGUGUUCCAGUGCAACCAUUCACGCUGGGGAAACAUCUCCUGUCCAGCAGGGGAUAUGGGACUCUCAGUGUACUGUUAUGGGCAAGUACGACUGGUUGGUUCCAGUCAAGAAACAGAGAGGAUGCAUCUAGGCCGAGUAGAAGUGAAUGAGGCGGGCAGGUGGUACGGUAUAUGUGCGGACAUAAUCACAAAUCAAGCUGCAGAGGUCAUGUGUCGGCAGCUGGGAUUUUCAACUUCAGAAAUCUUGCUGCCAGGAAGCUUUGGAGUUGGCGUAUCUGGUCGUAUAAAUAAUCUAGCCUGUACUGGCUUGGAGGACAGUUUACUGGAGUGUCACUAUACCACUGGGUCCUGCAAGAACUAUAGUCUGAUUGCUGCAGUAUUAUGCACCCGAAAUGUUACCAGUGGCCUUAACUUCACGCUCUCUGCUGAGUACUAUGGAGAGGUAUUGGCAACGCGCUAUGGUGUUCGCGGCCAUGUUUGUAGGCAGGGAUGGGACGAUGUAGACGCUGCAGUCAUGUGUAGCCAGGCGGGUUUUCAGACUGGGGUUGCACUGGGCGUCAAACUGUUUGGAAGAUACCAGCCUGUGUGGGCCAGUAAGAUACAGUGCACAGGUCAUGAGGCAUCCCUCAGUCAGUGUCCCUACCAGUUGUCCAUGGCAACAGACUGGCGCUGUGCCAGCGACCUCUCACCUGCAGGGGCGCUCUGCUAUAACAACAGAUUGCCAGACAGUCUUGUACGUAUGCAGGAUGGUAAGUCCCAAGGUCAAGGUCGUGUGGAGGUGUAUCAUGACAUCACAGGCUGGGGGACAGUAUGCAAUGAUGGCUGGACCACAGCAGAUGCUGCCGUCUUCUGUAGACAGUUGGGCUUUGCAGAUGGACAAGCACAUCCGUCUGCAUACACAUCUCCUGCUGGUGAUCAGAUGAAGGUGUUGCUAUCCAACCUUGAGUGCACAGGCAAAGAGGGUUCGAUCCUGCAGUGUCCUAGCAAUGGCUGGAUGCAGGCUGGCCUCCAUUGCAACCACAACACAGACGCCGGUGUCUUCUGCUACACACAUGUUCGUCUCAGCCCUGGUCCUUUCUACGGGACAGUGCAGUUUCACUCCGGGGAGAGGUAUGGGCUUGUUUGCUCAGAUGGAUUUGACACAAAGGCCGCAACAGUGAUGUGCCGACAACAAGGGCUUCAUUAUGGCAUGCAACUAUGCUGUUCAGGGUUUGGACUCUCACAGCUCCCAUUCACAAUGUCAGAUGUGAGAUGUCUAGGCAGUGAGACGGAGCUCCGGCAGUGCAUGUACAGUUCUGGGAACGUGACGUGUGCAUCAAGGCAGUACGCUGCUGUUGUCUGCUAUGACUAUGAUAUAGGAUACACCAAAGUUACUGCCUCUCCCAUUGUCAAGAUAACAUACCAGGCCCAUGAAGGGUAUGUGUGUACAGAGGGAUUCACAUUCCAAGAUGCCCAGGUGUUGUGUCGCCAGCAAGGAUUCAUGUAUGGAACCUACUUCAAGGCCUCUGCUACUGGUUUGGAGCAGAAGAUACGCUGGCUGAGGGGCUUAAACUGCAGUGGAAAUGAGACAGACGUGAGGCAGUGUGGGCCCAACCCCUGGGGCCAGAUAGGGAUUUGUAUGUGGGACGCAGUGGCAGCAGUCAGGUGCAGCAGCACAGCUGAUUUGGAGACUGGUGUCCGACUGGUCAAUGGCUCCCAGGUGGCAGGUCGUGUUGAGGUCAAGGUUGAUGGGUCAUGGGGGUCAUUGUGUGGCCUUGACCUGACAGUGGCUGAAGCACGGGUCAUCUGCAGAGAACUUGGCUUUCAUGAAGGCAGAAUUAUGUCCCCUGGAUAUUACGGGGCAGGAACGGGAAACGUGAUCUUUACUGCUUUGAAAUGCCAAGGUACAGAGAGUAGUUUUGGCCAGUGUGUCUGGUCUGGUUAUAGACAGGGUAGCUCCUUGACAUGUGACCAUUCAAAGGAUGCUGCUGUGACCUGCUUCUACAAUGUGCGAUUAAGAGGCUCAGUUGUUCCAAACUAUGGCCGACUGGAAAUGUUUGACUCUCAAACAUCUACCUGGUUGUCGGUUUGUGACUCAAACUUCAAUACAUACAAUGCCAAAUACAUCUGCCAGCAGAUGGGGUACAUAGAUGGGCUCAUCCAGAGAGGGUCCCCAUUGGGUAUUUCUGAUACACCACUCUCCAUAAAGGAGGUAAACUGUGGCAAUAGAACUGAAUGCACCUUCACCAAAGGAGAGUGCUUGUCUUCGAGAUACAUGGCAUUGUAUUGCAGUGAGAAAUCGAUUGGAAAUGAAGAUCUGCGUGUUCGGCUGCCGCUCAGUUCCUUCUAUGGUCCAGUCUCUGUUCAGAGGUUUGGCCUCUGGGGUCACGUCUGCAGUUCAGGGUUUAGGAACGAGUCGGCAUUGGUGGCUUGCAGGGAACUGGGCUAUACCAGCGGUGUGGCUGUACACACGUACCAGACACAGGCUUAUCCUAUCAUACAAGGUGCUGUAAAAUGUACAGGAAAGGAGAAUACACUAUCAGAGUGUGCGAGAGGAAACUUUGCAGAUGACCAUGGCUGCUUCAGCAUCAACACAGUUGCAGCUGUUAUUUGCUCUAAUCAAGGAUCCGUCCAUUUUGGAAAAGUUAAGCUGAACUAUGAGACUGGGAGGAUGUCCACCAAUGUUGAGAUUAUAGCAGACGAUAAUCGCAUCUAUGUCUCAUCUCACCAGUUUUCUGAUGUGGAUGCGGCAGUUUAUUGCAGGGGCAUUGGCUAUGCUGGUGGUAUCUCAUACAAGCCAGGUGAGGGUGUGUAUGGAGUGACAGACGUCGACUGCAAGGGUACUGAGGGGUCCCUCUUGGAGUGCCCAGGAGUCUGGGACCCUGAGAAGACAAAGGGGAUACAGGCGGACCUGGCAGGGACAACAUGUCUGACAGCAGUACGUCUAGUUGGUGGUGACCCCAGCUUCUAUGGUGCAGUCCUGGUAACAGAUGGCACACGUCAGGGGCUUGUGUGUGCUGACAACUUUUAUGAAAACGAUGCAGGUGUUGUGUGCAAAGAGCUCGGCUAUGAGAGGGGAUUGGUCUUGUGUUGUUCACCGUUUGGUGUCCUAGACUACGCAGCAAUCUGGUCAGAUGUGAAUUGUACUGGUACAGAAAAUCACUUUACAGACUGCAGAUAUAAUAAAGUGUCUGAAGGUCAAGGGCAGAUGUGUCAACGUAAUUAUGCAGCAGUGGUGUGCUCCACAGGAACAGUGCCAACAGACUAUACAUUAAGCCUGCCGUCUGCUGACAGCUACAUUGGACACCUGACCGUGACAUACCUCGGUAUCCAAGGCAGCGUGUGUUUUGAUGGGUGGGGGGACAGAGAGGCAAAUGUGGCUUGUCAGGAGCUUGGUUACUCCAGGGGGAUAGCAUACAAUGCUGUCAGAACGAAAUCAGGUCCAUAUUGGAUGUCAAACAUCAGUUGUAUAGGUAACGAGACACGAUUAACCCACUGUAGGAUGAAUUACCUUGGAAAGGUCAGAGGGUGCCAAAGCCUGCAGAGUCACGCUGGAGUUAUCUGCUAUAACAAUGAUGGUGUCUUCUACCGCCUGGGUGGGUCUAAUGAGACCCGGUACGGGCGUGUAGAGGUAUCAAUGGCUGGUGACUGGCGGUCACUAUGCAGCCUCCACUGGGAUGACAUAGAGGCUCAUGUGCUCUGUAGAAUGCUCGAAUUCCAAACAGGCCAGGCUUAUCAGGGGAGGUUUGUGCCAGCCCUGACUGGUGCAGUGUGGGAGGCCAACAUAGACUGUCUGGGAGGGGAGAGCUCCCUCAGCCAGUGUCGCUCAUCAGGUUGGGUAGCUGCCACCACCUCAGCUUGUGCAAGACAUGAGAUGGAUGCAGGGGCGUUCUGCUACACUUCAGUACGUCUAUCUACUGGAGUUGGCAGAGAGACGAACAAGGGUGCCGUGCUGCUGUAUGACAGAGAUCAGUGGAAUCUCGUAUGUGCUGAUGGUUUUAACGACACUUCGGCAGGAGUUGUUUGUCGUGAGCUGGGAUUUCUAGACGGGCAUGCGGAAUGCUGCAACCAGUAUGGCAUGCUGGAAUAUUCACUGCUUACCACUCACAAGGUGAUGUGCUCUGGUGGUGAAAAAGACGUGCGAGACUGUCUCAAGCCACAACAAUGUCACAACAUGGACUAUGCCUCCGUUGUCUGCUAUGGAUUUAGUCUUCUCAAAUCUACUGAGGCCCCCUCAUCAAAGCAAAUACAGCAGGGAUUCAAUGCCUUGCCGGUGAUCAUAGCUGUCAUAGUGUUUGUCAUCCUUAUCUCCAUAGCGGUUACAGUCUUCUGCAUUUAUCGACGCCACAGACGAAACAAGAAACAGGACGACUCUAAGCUCAAGUUUGACAACACGAUAGUUCAGGAGCACAUGGACAGCAGUCUACAUGCGUCGAACCCCCUGCAUGGUGUGCCAACACCAGAGGUGGUGCGGGCCAGUUACUCGCGGCGCGGAAAUACAGAGGUGGCCAAUGUUAUACAUGGGGUUAAUAACCCAGCAUAUGAGAGAUUCGACCAGCCUGCAAUACAUAUUACACCAGAUCACAUGAAAGAGGAAAUGAUGAAUAAAUGUGUUAACCAUAAUACAAGGACAAGUGAAGUUCCUUUUUCGCAUUAUGAUAAACUAAGACAAAGUGAAAUCAGAGACUAUGUGGUAUUGUCACACCCAAGUUAUGAGGCAAAUAACGAUCAGCAUGUUAGCCCCGAAACUUCAAACCACGAACGCUGCACCAAUGAUCUGUCUGACACAAGUGGUUACGAACAGAUUAGGGAUUCGCGAAUGAUUCGGUUCACCAAAAGUGCAGAUACUGGAAGUGGUGAUCAGACAAGGGGGACCACUCUUGGUGGAGAUCAGACCAGGGGGACCACUCUUGGUGGAGAUCAGACAAGGGGGACCACUCUUGAUGGAGAUCAGACAAGUGGGACCACUUAUUAUGGAAAUCAGAAAAAGGGGACAACUGAUGGUGGAGAUCUUAAAAGGGAGGCAACUCAUGGUAUAACAGAGUUCAGCGACUAUGGCAACCACAACCUCACCUUGUCAGAGCAGACAAACGUGUUAUCUCCUACAAGUUCUGUGACAUAAUCAACUUUUAUAUGAGCAGCUGUCUGGAAAAUCUGGGCUUAAUUCAUUAGCAAAAAAUGUAAUCCCAGAUAAGCCUGUGCAGUUAGCACAGGCUAAUCAGGGAUGAUACUCUCAGCUUAUAUGGCAUUUGUCAUCUAAAGAAGGUCGCUUCUUAACACCAUGAUAAGUCUGUUUGGACUGCACAGGCAAAUCUUGAAUGACACUUUACGCACAUGCAUUAAGCCCAGUUUUCCCAGAAUGAGGAGAAUUUAUCCAUUCUGUAAAAUAACAAUUUAGUUUUGCCUUUUAAUACACUGUAUUAUUUUUUCAUUAAUGAAAAAACCCACUUCCUACCAGGCUAGACAGACACUUCUGUACUCAACACACAUAUAAAAACACCUCUGUAUAGCAUAUGUUGGUUUCCUUUUGAAUGUCCCCAUUUUAUAUAACUAAGCAUGUAGAGAAAAAAUGAUCGCUAUUAGAAUUAUAACCAUGCCAUCUUAGGUCAAUCUUCCACAAACAAUGUUAAUCAUAAAUGAAUGUUUUCACAAGACAUCUCGAUAACAAUCAUAAUGAAGUCCAUUUUGUCUGAAUGAUUCAACGCAUUUCCAAUCAAAGCCUGUUGAUCUGUCAAUAACUUGUUCACAUGAAUGUGUCACGUCCAGCAUGCCUACAAUGAAUUUAAACAUUAAUACUUAAAAAAUCAUAUUGAAUAUAUACAUUUAAGAGUCGUCUUCAUUUUAAGAUAUUUUUUCAUCAAGACAUCUAUUCUUUGAUACCUUGUUUUAAUUUAAAGUAAGUUAUGAAAUAUUGAAAAAUUAUUGGAGAUAAUUCCUGAUAUAAUUUCUCACUAGCUUGACAAAACAUUUAUGAAAAUUUUAAUGUGAUUUGAAUAUUUCUUUACACAUUUUUCAAGCAAAGGUGCGCAUCAAAAUAUUUAUUUUCUAACUUUACAGAUAAAAACUAAUGCAAGGUAUUACCCCCAAAGCAAACAAAUAUUCUCUAUAAAUUGCAUUGCACUUAGAUUUCAAAUAUAUUGCAGUUACUAAAAAACUUGGAGAAAGAGUACUCCAAGAGUUUGUAAAUAUGGGUUUGAAUAACUGUUCAUAAUGACCUCUAAAUAUCGGUAAGUAUUCAUAACAAAUAAGUUAUUCAUCCAUGGCUUGGCUACUUCAUGCAAUCCUGAUUAGCUGAUAUUAACAAGUGACAAUCUGUACCAAUUUUACAUUUCAUUUAUUGAGUAACAAUACAUCAAAUAUGAAAUAGAUUUGAAACAAGAGAUGUGUUUGUCAGAAACACAAUGCCCCCUAUUUCGCCGCUUUGAAGCCAUAUAUUUGACCUUGAAUGAUGAUCUUGACCUUUCAAAAUGUGCAGCUCCAUGAGAUACACAUGCAUGCCAAAUAUCAAGUUGCUAUCUUCAAUAUUGCAAAAGUUAUGGCCAAUGUAAAGGUUUUCGGAAGGACGCACAGACUGACAGACAGACAGACUGACGGACAGUUCAACUGCUAUAUGCCACCCUACCGGGCGCAUAAAAAAACUAGAUAUCACAAUAUUGCACACAUAGUAACGUUACCUAACAUGAUCUACAAAAGCAGAAAGCAACCAACAAAUGGACAGAACAUUGUUUAAGCAUUCUUCCAUCUUUGAGCAUAAUGGACAGUUUUUCUGUGGAAAGGGGGCUUAAUCAAUGCCUUUGCAUAAACUAUUGUCAGAAAUUAGCCUGUGUAGGCAACACAGGUUAAUCAGGGACGACACUUUCCGCACAAACUGGA